UCUAUACUGAUUUAAAACUAAACUAUAUUGAGAAUCUUUAACAGGGAAGGUGAGUAGCCCUUUUCCUCCAAAGGAUGGUGAAGAAAAGUUAAAACCUUGAAAUUGACUUGAUAAUUUUCUGGGCUUCUCUGCGUGUUGUUGGAGAUUAGGUCUUCUGUUUGAACGGGUUCUGAGCUUUGUUAACUUUUGCCGAGCUUGUGAGCAGAACAUAUUCUGUUUUCUUUUUUUUUUUUGCGUUAAUUGAGAUGAUUGCGGAGAAACCCGUAUGGGUAAAACAUGAAGGAUUGCAGCAGAUAUUCUCCAUUGAUGUUCAACCAAACGGUGAACGCUUUGCCACAGGCGGUGGUGAUCACAAGGUCCGGAUAUGGAACAUGAAGUCUGUGGACAGGGAUUUGCAAAACUUAGAUCCAAAAGAGAGGCUUCUGGCAACCCUUCGUGAUCACUUUGGGUCUGUCAACUGUGUUAGGUGGGCUAAACACGGUAGGUACGUGGCAUCUGGUUCUGACGAUCAUGUGAUUCAAGUCCAUGAGAGGAAGCCUGGUUCAGGCACUACUGAGUUUGGUAGUGGAGAAGCCCCAGAUGUUGAGAACUGGAAAGCUGUUAUGACUCUCAGGGGGCACACUGCCGAUGUGGUGGAUAUCAAUUGGUCUCCAGAUGAUUCAAUGCUCGCUAGUGGGAGCUUGGACAACACCGUCCAUAUAUGGAACAUGCGCACUGGCAUUUGCACUACUGUUCUCAGGGGCCACUUGAGCUUGGUCAAAGGUGUUACCUGGGAUCCUAUCGGCUCCUUUGUCGCUAGCCAAUCUGAUGACAAAACUGUCAUUAUAUGGCGAACAAGCGAUUGGAGCAUGGCUCACAGAACUGUUGGUCACUGGGAAAAAUCGCUCGGAACCACAUUUUUCAGGCGACUUGGGUGGUCUCCUUGUGGGCACUUCAUAACCACCACUCACGGGUAUCAGAAGCCGAGGCAUUCUGCUCCUGUUUUAGAAAGAGGGGAAUGGUCUGAAUCAUUUGACUUCUUAGGUCACAAUGCUCCAAUAAUUGUUGUCAAGUUCAAUCAUUCAAUGUUUAAGAGAAGCACUUCUAGUGCCCAAGAAAUGAGACGAGCUGGAUGGAGCAAUGGGAGUUCCAAAUCAGGGGGGAAAGAUUUGCAGCCAUACAACGUUAUUGCAAUAGGGAGUCAAGACCGCACUAUUACCGUAUGGACCACUGCAAGUCCUCGCCCUCUUUUCGUCGCCAAGCAUUUCUUUGGCCAAAGUGUUGUUGAUCUUUCUUGGAGUCCCGACGGAUAUUCACUUUUUGCAUGUUCCUUAGACGGAACAGUGGCCAUGAUUCACUUUGAACCAAAAGAACUUGGUGUUAAGCUCACCGAUACUGAACUUGACGAAUUGAAGAAAAAUCGAUAUGGGGAUGUAAGAGGCCGGCAAGCAAACUUAGUCGAGAGUCCAGCUCAGUUAUUACUCGAAACAGUCUCUACAAAGCUAGCCGGUGGUAAGAGGGCGGCUUCAGAUGUCCAAGCAAACCAGGUGACAGCGAAACCCUCUGCAAAUGCGGAGAGCACUGCAAAGAAGAGGAAAUAUCAGGUCGAUGAUCAGAAUAAGAAAGAGGAGGCUUGUGGUGACACAUUGAGUAAAGCGUCAACUCCAAGUCGGGUAUCUAAUCCUGUGAAUCAAAAAGUGUAUAGAAGGCCUGAUGGAAGAAAGAGGAUCAUCCCUGAAGCCGUUGGAGUUCCCCAGCAGGAGAAUAAUAUCUCCAUUAACGAGCAUUCCAAUAAUUUUCCGCCAGCUCCCUCUGCUGCUCCUAGCAAGAUAAAUAGUAGAGAUUUUCCUGUGGAGCCUCCUAGCAUUAAGGAUUCAUCCACGAAAGAAAUAGCGAUCAGGAACCCUGAUCUUAACAACGAGCGUCCAAGGAUUACAGCUCGUGCUACCAUUUCUGAAAGCCUUGUUAUUGAGAAGGUACCUGGAGCCUCUGCUAGAGAUGGAGUUUUAAAUGUUGAGCAAUCUGUAGGUAUAAAGGGAUCUUCUAGCAGGGAUCUGUUGAUAAGGGUAUUUGAUUGGAAACAAGGGGAAGCAACGGCCCCUGUUUGCUUAGAGGCUUGUCCAAAGGAGCACGCUUUGGACACUGUUGGUGUAGUAAGUACAUCUACCAUCAAGGAAACGGAGGUUGUUUGCAAAAGAUCAGGUGAAACUCUUUGGUCUGAUCGGAUUAUGGGGAGUGUCACAGUUUUGGCUGGUAAUCCAAACUUUUGGGCGGUUGGCUGCGAAGAUGGAACCCUCCAGAUUUACACAAAAUGUGGAAGGCGUGCCAUGCCUACAAUGAUGAUGGGAUCUGCCGCAACAUUCAUAGAUUGUGACGAUAGCUGGAAACUGCUGCUUGUCACGAGAAAAGGAUCGUUAUAUGUGUGGGAUCUAUUCAAUAGGAAAUGCAUCCUCCAUGACUCUUUAUCCUCUUUGGUCUCUUCCGAUACCAAUUUAUCUUCUGCAGUAGAAGGUUCGAUAAAAGUCAUUUCUGUGAAAUUAUCCAAAUCUGGUUCUCCGCUUGUAGUUCUAGCCACACGCCAUGCAUUCCUCUUCGAUACGAGUCUAAUGUGCUGGCUGAGAGUGGCUGACGACUGCUUCCCGGCCUCAAAUUUCAGUAGCUCCUGGAAUUUAGGCUCAGCUCCAUGCGGAGAGCUUGCUGGCUUACAGGUUGAUGUGAGAAAGUACAUGGCUAGAAAGCCAGGAUGGAACAGGAUAGCUGAUGAUGGAGUGCAAACACGUGCACAUUUGGAAUCUCAAUUUGCAUCCUCUCUUGCGUUGGAGUCUCCUAACGAGUACCGCCAGUGCCUCCUCGCCUAUGUUAGGUUUCUAGCAAGAGAGGCAGACGAGUCAAGACUAAGAGAAGUGUGCGAGAGCUUUCUUGGACCUCCUACUGGUAUGGCUGAAGCAGCAACCUCAGACACAAACUUGUGUUGGGAUCCAUAUGUUCUGGGGGUGAAGAAGCAUAAACUACUGAGAAACGAUAUUCUUCCUGCGAUGGCGUCAAACAGAAAGGUGCAGCGUCUACUCAGCGAGUUCAUGGAUCUUUUAUCUGAAUACGAAAACACAGAACUAGCAGAGGCUGCAACUAAGGAGUCGGCACCAACCAUAGACUGUAGUGGAGUCCCAUCUUCACUGGAUCAAAUGGAUUCUGAUCCUCCAGCAGUGACAGCUACAACUCCUUUGACAAUAGACAAUGACAAACAGGUUUCUCUGGAGACGGGUAUUAUGUGUGAGAAAUCGGGUUCUGAAGCCCAGGAAAGGCACGACCAGAGUUUAAGAGACCCGGGUGCUUGA